AUAACAAUGGCAGUGCUCCAAACAGCCUUGGCAUAGCACAAGAACAUAGUCUAGACUGAAGAACCAACCAUGUCAGUUCCUUUCAGCAAAAUAUCAACUCUGUCCACCAGCAUGGAUUCCAAAGCCACAAACAGUCCCGUAUUUUUAGUGUUUCCUCCAGAAGUUGCUGAUCCAGAAUAUCAGUCCACAGAGCUCAGAGGCAGAACCUAUGAGUACCGCAACUCCUUCCAGAAAUUAUUUACUACAAAAAUGAAAAUCUUAGGGGCAACACAGAUCAUCCUUGGAAUUUUGAAUUUUUCCUUUGGCAUUGUUUUUGUUUUUACCUUGGUAAAACCAUACCCAAGGUUUCCCUUUAUACUUAUUUCAGGAUACCCAUUCUGGGGCUCUGCUUUGUUCAUUCUUUCUGGAGCCUUCCUAAUUGCACUGAAAAGAAAAACUACAGAAACGAUGAUAAGAGCAAACUGCAUCGUGAACUUCCUCAGCAUCCUGGGAGCCCUCGUUGGCAUCAUCCUCCUCUCGUUCGGUCUCCUUCUGGACGGGAACUAUCUCUGCGGCUACUCUCAGGACCCCGGGCCGAGCCAGGCAGUCACUGUCCUGUUCAUGUUUAAGAGAAGGGAUUUAUUUGUGGGGUGCACUUGUAGCCCACGGCCGGCCAACUCCAAGCCACGACCGCAGGAGGAAGAGGCUGGCAGAGGAAAGCGCUCAGGGAUCAGGGAGCCAAACGCCCUCCCGGGUCACCCCGGUGCCCACCUCUGCUCCUAA